GGGGGGUACGGAAAUGAAGGGGAUCUGCGCUCACCAGCUCGCCCUUGGCUGGGCUCCAGCUGAAGAGCGCAUUGGGGGCGGAGCCGGGGACGGUGGUCUCCGGGGAGGUCGUGGCUGGGGUUCCCACCCGCAGCUGGAGCAGUGAGUGUCCUGGCGGCCCGCUGACCCGCCCGUGUUUGUAUGUAUGUACCCACGCAGGGAGACAUGGAGAACUGUAUGGCGGCCGCGGCGCUGAACGGAGUGGACCGACGUGCCCUGCAGCGCACGGCUAGGCUGGGUCAAGAAGUGCUGGAGCGGGCCAAGAGGAGGGCAGUGGACUGGCAUUCGCAGGAGCUCCCCAAAAGCAGCGUGGCGGUCACUUCCCGGGGGCAGCCUUACCGAGAAAGACGGCCGGCAGCCGGCCCCCAGCGCCUUCUCCCAGGAGAGAGAGAAGAAAGACAACCAACCCUCAGUGCUUCCUUCAGAACAAUGGCAGAAUUCAUGGACUAUACUUCAAGUCAGUGUGGGAAAUAUUAUUCGUCCGUACUGGAGGAAGGAGGGGUAGCCCAUGUCUCUCGUUAUCACAGAGGAAAGUCGGAGCUGCAUUUAUGCUGUGACAGGGGAAGUGGUCAGGGAAAAGACACCUCUCUUGAUCUUGGAGGCACUGCUCAUGCAUCAGAGUGUGCCUUGGAGGCCCCUCAGCAGCCUGCAGAGAACAUCUCCAAAGACCUCUACAUAGAAGUAUAUCCAGGGACCUAUUCUGUCACUGUGGGUGCAAAUGACUUAACCAAGACUCAUGUGGUAGCAGUGGACUCAGGACAAAGCGUGGACUUGGUCUUCCCCGUGUGAUGUUGACCAUCACAGCCAUCACGUCACCUUUUCUUAAGUAGCAAGAAGAAUAAAGUCACCAUAUGAUUCUCUUAAUAUUUACACAUUACUCCUGCUUUUAGUGCUGACUGUAGAGGGUCAGCCUUCCUGGGAACUGGAGUUUGUCUCUUUCAGUACCUAUUUUAACUUAAAACUUUAGAAGUGCCCACCCCACUCCCACCUUUUGCUGAAGAUAAUAAUGUAAUGAUGCAUCUGAAUGGUUUUAAACUGCUUACUUUCCAGGUAAAGGCUAAUUAUGAUAAUAAAGAGAGAGAUUUGGAAUUCC